UGGCACACUCGCACUUUAAAUGGCUUGCAAUCUGGUUGUGCAUAGUGCUAUUAAUAAUAUAUAUGCAUAGUCCAGAAAACUUUUAUAAGCCAACCAAACUUAUGUAUAAACAGAGUGUAAAUAAAAAUGUAUUUAAAAAUGAAAUGGAAAGUAUUGAUGAAGUGGCAAUAUUUAAUAAAAGGCCUGUGCAAAAAUAUUAUGUGAAAACGAAAGUGUGUAAAAUACCCUACAUACCCCCAUUUACGGAGGAUUUGAUGAAAUUUUACAAGCCCAAGACUUUUGAAACAUGCAGCAAUGAGACGGAUUUGGUACAAGCCAACUUUGAUGAAGACAGCAAAAGUUAUAGACUGUAUAUAAAUGAAACGUUGGCAGCACAAAAGUUAAAUUCAACAGAAGUAAAGCUGAAUUGCUACUACGAGGAAAUCACAAGAUAUGCCGAACAUGAUUCUUAUAAUGAUCCGUUGCCGCGAAUAUAUUUCUCACAAGGCUAUGAGGUACCAUUGCAUGUACAAGGCAUGAUGAUACACUGCUAUGAGGCAGCUAAUGAGACCAAUAUAGUGCAGUCGGAUGCAUAUGCAUUCAUACAAUACAAGCCAAUGGCUGAGAAGCCGCAGAAGGUGGAGACAAAUCGCCAGCCAAGUGUCAUAAUGUUUGGCAUUGACAGCACCUCCAGAAUUAAUGUGCGACGCACUAUGCCACAAGUAUUUAAAUUUCUAAGAGGCCCCGGCUGGUAUGAAAUGCAGGGCUACAAUAAGGUGGGCGAUAAUACGUUUCCGAAUUUAAUGGCUAUUCUCAGUGGAUAUUUGCCGGAUUCAGCCAAAGCGCAUGUGUGCGAUACCAGUGAGAAAUAUUGCUUUGAUCGUUUUCCCUUUAUUUGGAAGCAUCUGAAAGCGGCUGGCUAUCUAACUGCAUAUGCUGAGGAUUCCUGGAGCAUAAACACUUUCAACUAUGUUAAGCCGGGUUUCGUUGAGCAGCCCACAGAUUAUUAUUUUAGACCUUUUUUGCGCGCAUUUGAUGCCAAGCUUGAUACCUGGAAAUGCGCAGAAUGCAGCUGGACUUACUGCAUGGGUCGUCGCUUGCAAACUAGCUACAUCUAUGAUUAUGGACGGGACUUUACCAGACGCUAUAUUAAAGAACGUCCUAUUUGGGGCUUAUUUUGGACAAGCAGCUUUAGUCACGAUGACUACAGUAUGCCCUCAAAAAUGGACAAGCAUAUAUUAGAGUAUUUAUUGGAUUUCAAGAAAGAUGGCGUGCUUGAUGAAAGCAUUGUUAUCUUCUUCUCAGAUCACGGCGCCCGUUAUGGUCGUAUUAUGGAUUUGGAUAGUGCUUUUCUGGAGGAACGCUUACCCAUGAUGUUUAUAUAUCUACCCACUUGGUUCCGUGAGCAGUAUCCUGAAUUUGCCGAUGCCUUAUAUAUUAAUCAACAUCGUCUUAGCUCCAACUUUGAUUUACACAAUACGCUUAUACAUAUUCUGCAACUGGGCAGACCUUCUGAGGCUUUGCCUUUAGCACACGAUUGUCCCAAGUGUCACUCGCUGUUCUAUCCCAUUGACGAGCAGCGUCGAUGCGUUGAUGCUGCCAUCUCGGAGCAUUACUGCACCUGCGAGCCUUACAAGAGAUUACAUGCCAAGUGGGCAGAUCGCAUUGCACCGCGUGUCAUCGAACACAUAAAUGACUAUUUAUGGGCACGUAAUUUCAGCAGUCUUUGCGUCAAUCUCACACUUCACUACAUACACAAAACGGAAAUGAAAAUGAGCUUGGAUAGAGAUUUUUUUGAAAAUGACAUCAUAGAGGAGACUGUCUAUCGGACCAAGUUUAAAGUUAUGCAAAAUAGCGCUGAUUUCUAUGCCACAGUUCUCUAUAACAAUGUAACAGACCAGGUUACAGUUGAUGUGGAGACUAUAAGUCGCACUAAUUCCUAUGAUAAAGACUCCACCUGUCUUAAUGACAAACUCGGGAAAUUGUAUUGCAUUUGCAUGAAAGAUCUUAGGAGCUGAUCUUAAGCACAAUUGAUUCGUUACCCAUUGUAACUAUUUAAUAAUUUAAAAAUCAUAUAACAUGUGUUUGUUGUCUAAU